AUGUCGAGUCGGUUCAUGGAGAUGAGUGAUGGCUCAGAUGAUGAGUCACAAAAGAAGAACAAUAGUAUAAAUUUCAAUUCUACGUUGAAUUUGAGUGAUGAAGAUCAAGACAGUGAAUCAGAUGAUGAAAGAGCUUUAAAUACACUUGUACUGAAACUGAAAAAGAACAAAAGAAGUCAUUUUGAUGCUUUUGAAGAGAGUGACGACGACGAAGAAGAAGAAGAAGAAGUAGAGGAUGGUGAUGAUAAAAACAGUAAGGAAAAGAAUACUACGCUGAAAGAGAAGUCAAGUGUACAGAAUAAUGAUAAAUUAGAAGAAGAAUCUUAUAGCAUGCUUAAUCAAAAGUCAUCACUUUACGGAGACCAGAACCUAACAAAUUUGUCAAAGGAUAAAUUAUUGAAAAUCGAGAAAAAAUUGAAGAAGACUGGGGUUGUGUAUAUUUCCAAAAUUCCUCCAUAUAUGAAACCAACAAAGAUGCGUCAAAUAUUGGGACGUUUUGGGAAAGUUGAUAGAAUAUUCCUCAAACCAGAAACCAAAAUUCAAUAUUCCAAAAGAGUAAAGUAUGGUGGUAACAAGAAGAGAAUGUAUGUGGAGGGUUGGGCUGAAUUUAUGAACAAAAAAGAUGGUAAACUCUGUGUGGAUACUAUGAAUGGUCAAAAAAUUGGCGGGAAAAAAGGAAGUUUCUAUUAUGAUGAUAUUUUGAAUUUGAAAUACUUGAAGAGCUUCAAGUGGAUGGACUUGACUUCUCAAAUGGCUAAGGAAAAUGAAGCUAGACAAUCCAAGUUAAUGAUGGAAAUUUCCAAUGCAACUAAGUUGAACAAAGAGUUUAUUAAGAACGUUGAAAAAUCUAAGAUGAUUGAAAACAUCCAGAAAAAGAAACAGAAAAGAGCCCAAGAAGCGGCCGGAGAAAAUAAAGAAGAUGAUUGA